UGGCUUUUGCUCCUCGAGAUAUCCUGGGAGAUGUCAGGCAGCUGGCAGAGCAGCCGAAACGUGCAAACUCACUUCUUUCUCACCUUGAGCUGACUUCCUGCAUGGCCUUCUCUUCACAUCGACCUUUCUCAGCCCUGCCAAGCUUGGAAGCUCUUGACUGUAUCACCGCAUCUUCAAGAAUUUGACCAACUCAACACCCCCCUUUCCACUUUGCAACCCUUACUCUCGAAAGUUCAACGGCCAAAUCUUGCCUUACUGUUUGAUAUCAGCAAAUCUUCCCUUGCUUUGGUACUGCUCGGCAUCCGGUUGGCCAUGCCUCGAUCCACGCGCGCCAAAAGAGGCGCCGGAAAAGGAACACGAAACCUCCAUGGCGAAGAUUCGAGCAUCAUCAUAGGCAUCGAUUUCGGAACUACCUUCUCAGGCGUGGCAUGGGCCAGAUCCUCUCGACCGGAUCAGAUCAACAUCAUCACGAGCUGGAAGUCCAACUUCAACUUCAACAACGACAAGGAAAAAGCCCCAACGGCGAUCUGCUACACCGACCAGGACGAAGCACCUCUCUGGGGCUACGCUGCCCCUAUCGGAGAGUCCACUCUGCAGUGGUUCAAGCUCUGUCUGCUGGAUGAAGAAGACAUCCCGCAGUUUCUACGAGGCUCAACUCAUCUUCAGACUGCCAAAGCAUCCCUGGUGAAGAUGGGUACUCAUGCUGUUGAUGUCAUCAGCGACUAUCUCCGAGAGCUAUGGAAGUAUAGCCUCUCUUUCAUUGAGCGAGCCGAGGGGGCUUCCAUGAUGGAGCUUUCCGCCUUUAGGGUUGUCGUCACUCUCCCAGCAAUCUGGCCGGCUUAUGCCCAAUUUCGCAUGAAAGAGGCUAUUGAAAAGGCCGGCAUUCUGGAUCCCCGGAAUGUUUCUGACACCACUCUAGAGUUCAUCUCUGAGCCGGAGGCCGCAGCUCUCGCCACCUUGAAAGACAUGUCUGACAGACCAGAUAUGGGAGUUGGCGACCAUUUUGUUGUCUGUGAUGCUGGUGGAGGCACUGUGG